AUGUCUCUGUUGGACAAGAUAUCAGGUUUGGCUCAGAAAGCCAAGGAAAACGUCGUAUCCAAGACGUUUAUAUCAAAGGACAAGCGACUGGAGCACUCCCUCUCGGAGCACAUUAAAGUCAACGACAUCUACUUUGAAAAGGUGUCCACCUAUGGUCUACCUUCCACCAUCAAUGUAAUUGCGUAUGACUGCAUUGCUGGUUUAUUAGCUGUUGCCGGUGAUUCAACACAUGCUUAUAUCAAAGUGUUUGGCAAAGGCAUCUCGACUACCGUCAGCCUGCCUAAAUCCACUGGCAUCAAACACUUGCAGUUCAAAACUGGCUUUCCCAUCCUGAUUGUCAUUGAUAAAGCCAACACCAUCAUCACCAUUGAUCUACGCACCAAAUCCGUCCGCCAUGUCCUUCCAGCACCCGAGAUCAUCACCAGUCAAACUUACUGUACAGGCACGGAUUGGCUGUUUAUUGGAUACGCCAACGGUUUUGUGGAUGUAUUUGAUAUCAUGCAAGGCACCAUGACACCCUACCAAAUCCCUGAUCUGCUGGAGAACCAAGAAGUCAUUGAUCCCGCAGAGAUUUCUCAUCAGCACAUUGUCGUUGAUCUGCAGAUGCAUCCAACAGAACUCAACACGCUCUUGAUCGGAUACGAGGCCAUUGUGUUUGUCUGGAAUAUCAGAGAGAGCACUAUUCGACGCUCUUACAGCUUGCGUAAAUUGGAUAAAUCCAGCAUCUACAGAAACGCUAAUUUGACUUGCUUUGCUUGGAGUCCAAAUGGCAGUCGAUUCAUUGCUGGCUACGAUGAUGGAUGUACGCAUUUAUGGGAUGUCAAGAACGAACAAAAGCCCAUUACAUCGCGUAGAAUAUCAGAGGCAUUUUCAGCUUUGGCAGGUGAAGAGGGAGCUGCUGUGUCUGAGCCCAUCUAUCAAAUGGCAUGGUAUGCCAAUACAGCAGCUCACAAAUCGUAUGUCGUCGUUGCAGGCGGCUCCAGUGCACUGGACAUCCAAGGCCUUAAUGUGCUGGAGUUUGACUUGGAUAGCGACUCGAGAGAAGCCAAGAAGCAAUCCAUUAUGCCGCUGCCUACUGAUCUCUCCCAUUUCCUGAUCCUGAGCACGGAUCCUUACUAUUUGGGCAUGCACAAUCCACUUGGUAUUGCAGUCGUAGGCGCUGAUCACUGCUUGCGAGUCCUCAGUUUGGAACAUGGUUUCCCUCUAUUCAAACUGCCUCCUGCUCUCGAAUUUCUCGGCCCAACUAUUCUCAAUGCUUGCCAUAUCCCUCAGCUUCCUUUAGCUGCCUUCAAAAAGCUGGCUGGCAUGACGGUCAGUGACAGACAGACUCGCUACUUACCCAUCACAGGCGGUGUGGCAGGUCCUGAGCACGUUUACCAUAUCGAUGCCAAUGACUUACUCGUCACCAUUCAUCAGGGCGAAGUGGUCAAAUUUUGGGAUGCCUCCUAUACUGCACUUCGACCUCUGUCUCAUCUGACUAUUCAUUGCUUGGACGACUUGGUGGAUCAAGAAGCCUUCCUGUGCUGUCUCGAUGUCAACAAGACAAAUGGCACAUUGACCGUUGGCUUCAGCGAUGGCUCUAUCCUGAUCUAUGAGUACCAGCCUGACGCGCAGAUACCCACUGACAUUGAUCCCCGGUUAAGAAAGAGAAACGAAGAGUUUAUCAACAGCUGUGACGAUACGCUCAAGGAGAUUUCCGAUCUUUUAGAAGAUAUGGGCAGUGUGUCUGAUACACAAGAAGAGGCAGAACAUACGGCAACAGCAAACACUAAUCCAUUUUUAUCCGAGCAAGCAGUUCCUCCUCAACCUCCUACUGCUGAAACUGCAACAAAUCCUUUCCUCAGUCCUUCGCCCACACAUCAACAUCAGCCUGAACAGCAACAGCAACAACAGCCAGACAUACCCUCAGAGGCGUCCACUCCUCAGCUUCCUCUCCGCAAUACAUCAAGGCCUUCUCCCAUCUUUCAUUCCAUCAACAAGCACGGCGACAAGGCUGGAUUUUACCCUGUUGUUAGAGUCUCACUCGGUAAACUGCCUAUCAAGAGUGUGGUCAGUGUUGGAGAUGCCAUCGUUGCUGCUGCGUCAGAAGAUGGCACAGUACAUGUCCUGGAUAUAUACCGACAGCUGAUUCUAUUCUCGUGUAAUAUCGCUCUAAUUGAUUUCCAAAAUACAGUGGUUGUUCCUGCCGUUCAACCGAAAUCUGAUAUUGCAACUGAACUAGAAGAAGUAGAUCCUUCCAAAACCGAGCAAAAGAAACCUGCAUCCAUUACAUCUAUUCACUUUUUCAAUACCUAUUCACCUACCAAAGUGAUGGCCAUCUCGACCCAGCUGUAUGUGGGUCUCAGCAAUGGCCACAUAUACCAAUUCAACCUGGCUACGCUUGAUAAAGUUACACCAGAGACUCUUAACGAACAUCUCUCUAUGCGUGUGGUUCCAUCUGGUCCAGUAUUGGACAUGCACAUGAUUGACUUAAAGGGUGUUUCUCAGUCUGCCCUAUCUCAGCAUGUAAAGGAAGAACAGCAGAAGCUCUCCAAGCAACCUAGCUAUAACUCUUCCAGCACCUCGGAUGAAGAGACAUCUCCUAAACCAUCCAGCAUCAUCAGCAACAGCAGCAGUGUCGCUACUAGCGCCACCGCCACCACCUCCUCGAGCAACAAGGAUAUGCCAUCAAAACGUAUGGCUGCUAUUGGAAAGGGCGAAUAUCGUCAGCAAGAGCACCCUCAUCUCCACGUGUGCAUCUCCACCUACAGUGUCCACAUCUUUUUAUCAGGCUUCAAUGUCAAAUUGUUUGCUCGUGAGUUCAAUGUCAAUGCUGCCAAGAUCAUUCGAGGUCAAGUGGUGCAUUCGCAUCAAGGUGUGUGUCUCGUCUUGUUGAUGGACAAUGGCAAACUUGCCUUUUAUUCCUUGCCAGCUUUGGAAUUGAUGUUGGAAAUGAGUUUGCCAAAUCACUGUCUGUUGGAUAGAUUACCAGAAGCAUCGCUGAGCAAAGAUGGCCGCGUUGUGUUUUGGUCUGGAAAGUAUGAAAUGGAGCAAUUCUCGUUUAUUCCCAAGCCUGACAUGCAUUUUGGAGAGUCAGUUAUUCUGUUUGAUUCAUCAAGAGCAAUGCCCUCGCACCCCUCAUUGAUAACCCAACAACAGCAGCAAAAGACGAAAAAGACAUGGCUGGAUACAGUAGCCGGCGCAUUCCAAAAGGAGCCGUUGACUUUACACGAUUUGGAUUUACUCAUGGGAAGAGUGCCGAUGGAAGACUCCAAUGAACUAAGACGGCAAAAGAUUGAUGCUUAUAAAGCAAAAAUGGAGAAAGAAGCCAAUGGCAGCAGCAGCAAAGGCCCUGGUGGUGUAUUUUCUCAACUGGGUGACAAGAUGAAUGAACGUGGUGAGAAAUUGAAUCAAUUAGAUCAAAAGUUCCAAGACAUGAAUGCUGCUUCAGGUGAUUUCUUGAAAGCUGUCAAAGAAUACAAUGAACGCCAAGCGCGUAAAAAGUGGUGGGAAUUUUAA